CAUAAUUGCAUGACGCACCGGGGAGGAGUGUGGUCGGCAUCGCCUAUAUAUACCCAGUCGCGCUCGCUUCAAACUCAGCAGAGUAGCAGCGCUAACAAAGAAUCAGGAUCCCCAAAAGCAAGUAGAGCUUGCAUUCAGCAUCUAGCUCUCGUACCAAAGACAUUUGUCGGUGCGCAAAACUCGCAAUCAUGAUUAAAAAAAUAUCGCCUUCUGAGAACGAGUUUAACAUCCCGGCCAAAAACUGCCACAGGAUGGURAUUCUAGGAUCCACAAAAGUUGGCAAGACUGCUAUCAUCUCUCGGUUUCUGAAUAAAAAAGUCGAGGACCAGUACACGCCAACAAUCGAGGACUUUCAUAGAAAAUUAUACUGCAUUCGGGGAGAUGCGUACCAGUUGGACAUUCUGGACACCUCUGGAAACCAUCCUUUCCCCGCUAUGAGGAGACUCUCUAUCCUUACUGGUGAUGUUUUUAUCUUGGUGUUCAGUCUGGAUAACAGAGACUCCUUCCAAGAGGUCCAGCGCCUGAAGCGUCAAAUUUACGAGACCAAGUCCUGCCUGAAAAACAAAACCAAGGAGAACGUGGAUGUCCCGAUAGUUAUCUGCGGGAACAAGUGUGACCGGGAGUUUAACCGGGWGGUUCAGAAUGAGGAGAUUGAGCAGCUGGUGGCUGGUGAUGAACAGUGUGCCUACUAUGAGAUCUCUGCAAAACGGAACACUAAUGUCGACCAGAUGUUUCAGACUCUUUUUACCAUGGCUAAACUGCCCAACGAGAUGAGCCCGGACUCUCACCGCAAAGUGUCCUUACAGUUUUGCGAAGUACUGCAAAACAGCAGAAGAAAGUCAUUCAGAAAUAAGAAAUUCAAAGACAGCGAGGUAUACGGGAUUGUGGCACCGUUCGCGCGCCGACCAAGCGUGCACAGUGACUUAAUGUAUAUCAAAGAGAAAGCUACUGGCUGCAGCCAGGGAAAAGAGAAAGACAGAUGCGCCAUCUGCUAAGGACUCACUUGACAAUGCACAUGGAGACAUGUUACGAGAUGUUCUAUACAGCGAUGGAGAUGAUACCCGCCAGGCUUCGUGCCAGUGUGCUGAGUCCGGGAUAAGGAAGCACGUCAAGACGCAGUGACAGCCAGGGGUGUAUGUCCCAAACCAUGCGAGAAGGCAUGCCAUGGUCAUUGUCAGAUAUUCCCUGUGGAGUCAGGGUGAUCAAAUGUGAUCUGGCUUCAGAGAACCUCUAGUGUUCUUGUCACUAUAGCUACAUGCUGUAAAAUGACAUUACUGAAUGGAGAAUGUAGCCUACACUUAUGGGGUGGCAUUUGUUUACAUGUUCUUUUUUCACACGGAACUGAACUUGAAUGUUAA